GUCCGGACAGAAGUCUUUGGUGCACCGCUGCUGCGUUCAAGGUCCAGGAUAAAUCAACCUUGUUACUGUUGUAGCUGAAUCUGUUGUUUCGUGUAAAUGAGACCCGUUUAUGCAUGUUUUUAAUCCAUAACAGUGUUUUAAAGAGAUCAUUUGAUUGUUAAACUAAAACAAGAACAGAAAUCGUUGAGGAAAUAAUCCAUCUGUCACCUUUUGGUGCAACAUGAUCACACAGUGAACCGUCCACAUCACCACUGAAAUGUCUCUGCCAAAGAUCACACGUCUCCCCUCAGUGAGGCUGCUGAGCUCCAUCCACCACCACCUCCAGCAGCAGCAGCUGCUCCUCCCGUCUAUCACUCCUCUCACUGUGCCCAGAAGAGCUGUGGGUGAAUACAGACGACCCGGCCAGCCCAAAAAAAACCCAAUGUUCCGAUGGCAGCCGGUCAACUUUGGCUUCUCAAAGGGCAUUGAGGGGAUAAAGAAGCAGUUCACACUGCUGAAGAAAGAGUUUACCGACCCCUGGGUCGGUCCAGAAGGCAAACCGAUCCUUGAGCACAUGUUGGAGCAGAACCGAGUGGUAUGGGAGUUCAGAGGUCCAGAGAGCCUGGAGCAGUGGACGGUGUCCUCGGAUCAUGAGAUAGGAGGCCAAAGUGAAGUUAACUUGAAGCUCGGCAAAAACAAUAACACCUGUUUUCUGAACGGGACUCUGAGCUCUGCUCCUCCAAGAGAUGGAGAAACACGCUACAGUGGCUACUGCACCGUGCGCUCACAGCAACUACUGGCUUCAUUCGAUAGAAAAAAGCACUACGAUUGGUCCAGUUUCAACACCCUGCAUUUGCGAGUGCGUGGCGACGGCCGUCCGUGGAUGAUCAACAUUGCCACAGAAACAUACUUCUCUCACCAGAAAGACGACAUAUACAAUUAUUUCCUGUAUACCAGGGGAGGACCCUACUGGCAAGAGGUCAAGAUACCUUUCUCCAAGUUCUUCCUUACACAUCGUGGGAGGAUACAAGACGACCAGCAUCCUCUCUGGCUGGACAAGGUUAACACCAUUGGAUUUACCUUGGGGGAUAAAGCGGACGGUCCGUUCCAGCUGGAGAUCGAUUUUAUUGGCGUCUGCAAAGAUUAUGCACACACCGAGGAGUUUGCUUAUGAGCUGUACAAGAGGAAUCCUGAGGUUUGAGAGCAACUGCUACAACACAGCAGAUGAACGGUUACUGGAUAAUGGCGGCAUUGUACUGAAACUGCUAAUAAACAAAUGUCAAUUACACCCCAUCAUCCUUCUUGGUACGACGCUGUAUAUGUGGAUUCUAACACAUGAACUGUGAAACCACAGUAACUGUGAGCCACUUCUUACCUGCAGAACAUCGUAAAAGCCCUAAUGUAUGUUUCUUGUUAUACAAAUAAGAAAAUGUGACCAAUACAAUUCAGGACUUGUUGAAAGAGAAAGGACACCUUUCAAUUAACUGAGACCGUCUAGCUUGUUUAUCCUGUUCCAAGUCCUGUAUGAGACACAUUUUACGCCAACAGAUCAUGUCAAAUCAAUCAAAUCUUUAUUUAAAAUAAAAAUAUUUCUCAUGUGAA